AUGAAACUCAGCAACAUUUCAUUUUUGUCCAAUCUUCUGAUACUUCAAUAUUUGUCACUUCAAUGCCUUUCUGCUCAAGAUUUUGCUUUCUUCUAUUUUAUCCAGCAAUGGCCAGGCUCAUACUGUGACACAAAGCAAAGCUGCUGUUAUCCGAAAACCGGAAAACCUAUACCAGAUUUCACCAUUUAUGGACUUCGACCUAACUACAAUGAUGCGUCAUUUCCCUCAAACUGUGAUCCUCAUAGUGUUCUUGAUAAAUCUAAGAUCUCAGACCUCAUUAAAAACUUGGAAAAGAAUUGGCCAUCUCUGAGCUGUCCGAGUGGCACUGGUAUUAGAUUAUGGUCACAUGAAUGGAAGCAACAUGGCACUUGUUCAGAAUCUAAGCUUAUUCAACAUGACUACUUUGAAACAGCUCUCAAACUCAAGAAAAAACUUAACCUACUUCAGAUCCUCAAGAAUGCAGGGAUUGAACCAGAUGAUAAAUUUUACGACCAAUACAGCUUUUUAGAUGCUGUACAACAGUCUACAGGAUUUCUACCAGGAAUAGAAUGUAAUAGAGAUUCAUCACAUAACAGUCAGCUUUUGAAGGUUUACAUGUGUGUGGAUACUUCUGGCUCAAAGUUCAUUGAGUGCCCUGGUGUUCCAAUGGGUAGUUGUGGUGCUAAAGUACAAUUUCCUAAGUUUUAA